AUGGAUGAAAAUUUCUCCUCCCAGGUGAAGAAGAUUGGUCUGGCUAUGGGGACACCCCUAUCAGACAAAGACAUUGACAUGCUGCCAUCAGACAUGAGGCACCAUGGCUCUUUCAACUACAACAGAUUCUUUGAGUACAUGCAGAAGUUCCAGAGCUCAAGCCAGCAGGAGGAGAUCAUCCGGAAAUCCUUCCAGAUGUUGGACAAAGAUAAGAGAGGCUUCAUUGAGUGGAAUGAGAUCAAGUACAUCCUGUCCACGAUCCCCAGUACUGGCCCUGUAGCCCCCCUGACAGAUGAAGAGGCUGAGGCUAUGAUCCAGGCAGCUGACACAGAUGGAGAUGGACGGACUGACUUUGAAGAAUUUUCUGACAUGGUCAAAAAGGAGAAGAUUCCAAAGAAGAAACAGAGAGAAGACAGACCUCCCCCCUCCUCCGCCCCCGCUGCUCUUCUCCAGAGUGCAUCCAGUCCUACUUACCUUCAGCUUUGA